GGACAGGAAGGCAGUUACAGGAAAGAUGGAGGCUCAAGUCGGGGAAAGAAAGAGAACAAAGUCAGUACUUGGCAGGGACGGUAGACCUGUGCGCCAAGCAAAGAGCGCGCACUGCGAGGGAAAGUGAGGCGCACCCGCCCCGCAACUAGCCCCGCAGCCAGGGGCGGGACUUCCGGAAGCCAUUUGCCCGAGUGGCAGGGGGACCGGAAGUGGAGGCGCUGCUGCUUGGUGCUGGGGCCCGAGGAGGGGACGCGCGCCGGAACGCGGCCGUCGGGAUCAAGCGAGCGACUGAAGCGCAACCCGCCGACGCCGCAGCCGCUGAGGGCCCCGCACGGACCCUCUGCCUGUGUGAGUGCAUCGUGGGGACCGCGGAGCCGGGGCCUCGUCGUGACGGGUGGGACGCGCGGGCGAGCCGGUAUUGUGAGGCCCGGCUCCCCUCCCCCACGCCGCCCCUCCCCCGCCGCGCCCCGCGCUGUCGCCCUGCAGGGCCUCCGGGGCCCCGCGCCGUCGCCGCUGCCCUGCGGCGCCCUGGUUCCACCCUGGCCAGCGGCUGAGCGGCCCGCGGGUCCCCUGGCCCGGCCUCCUGCCUCAGCUGUCGCCUUUUCCCUCCAUCCCCGGGGUGGGACCUCUAGGCCCAAGCCUGUGACUGGGUUGUGCCUUUUUUUUUUUUUUAACGGAUCACGCUCUUUGCCCUUCUCGUCGAAAAUUGUCUCCUCAUUCGAAACUUCUCUGUUGCCUUCGCUUAUACUUCCCAAAGACCCGUGUCAGGGCUCUGAAAGGAUUGGUAGAGGCUAGCCUUAAGGGUCACCCACUUCAUUCGGCGACGAGGCCCAGGCGUUGGUGACUUGGCCGAUGGCCUACCGCCAGCCAGCUCCCAGGCUGACGUUGCCUUUCAUCAUGUAUAUACGGAUCUUAAGGAAACCCAAAGCCAUAAAGCGUUGGCGUCUCUGAAGAACGUGGCUAUGGACAAAGGGAAGGGCACCAAGACGCUAAGAGCAGGUCCUAGACUUGCAUUUUCUACAGCGUUGAGUUGAGUGGAGAGAAUGGGCCAGAGGAAAAGAAUAUUGGAACGUAUGACUGAGUAUAGUAUUGCACACCUGUAAUCUCAGCAUCUGGACGGCAGAAUAAGUACUGCAGCAAAUCAAGACAGCCAGGGCUGCACAGGGAGACCCUCAAAACAAAAUGUGUAGAAUGAGCCAAGGAGACUCGAACCCAGCAGCUAUUCCACAUGCCGCAGAAGAUAUUCAAGGAGAUGACAGGUGGAUGUCUCAGCAUAAUAGGUUUGUUCUGGACUGUAAAGACAAAGAACCAGAUGUGCUGUUUGUGGGGGACUCCAUGGUACAGCUAAUGCAGCAGUACGAGAUAUGGCGGGAGCUGUUUUCCCCACUUCAUGCUCUUAAUUUUGGAAUUGGGGGAGAUACAACACGACAUGUUUUAUGGCGACUAAAGAAUGGAGAGCUGGAGAACAUUAAGCCUAAGGUCAUUGUUGUCUGGGUAGGGACAAACAACCACGAAAAUACAGCAGAAGAAGUAGCAGGUGGGAUUGAGGCUAUUGUACAACUUAUAAACACGCGGCAGCCACAGGCCAAGAUCAUUGUGCUGGGUCUGUUACCUCGAGGUGAGAAGCCCAACCCUUUAAGACAAAAGAAUGCCAAGGUGAACCAGCUUCUCAAGGUUUCCCUGCCGAAGCUUGCCAAUGUGCAGCUCCUUGAUAUAGACGGGGGCUUCGUGCACUCGGACGGUGCCAUCUCCUGCCACGACAUGUUUGAUUUUCUUCAUCUCACAGGAGGGGGCUAUGCAAAGAUCUGCAAACCCCUCCAUGAACUGAUCAUGCAGUUGCUGGAGGAAACACCGGAGGAGAAGCAGACCACCAUUGCUUGACUGGCCCAUCAGUGUUACAGCAUCCCGCUUCCUCAGAUCAGUUAGACCACUGGCACUACAGAAUCCUUUCUUAAGGCACUUUGCAUUGUACAAUGUUCCUGGAUGCUUGUAUGUUUGAAGGGGAGGAGGGAUUUAAAUUGGUCCUGUAUAUAAAGGUUUUGUUUGAGAGGAGAAAAAUUAGCCAAGGAAGAUUCAUUUGAAACCAGAAGGGGACUUUUUAGUUGUUUAUGACACAUUUGUAGAAUUAUCACUUUUCCCUAGGACAACAUCAAGCAAGAGUACAAUAUGAAGAUUCUUUUCUUGGCCCUUUUUUCUAUGGAUUAUGUCAUGUGUGAUAAUUAUCACAUCUACUUGGCUUUAAACUUAUUUUUGGUCCAGUUUUAAGGUUCAUAAGUUAGUAUGUUGUGUUGUUUUGUUUGAUUCAUGUAUCCUCAGUAUUUUUAUUAACACAUAGCAUCAGAUUAAACAUGCUUGUCACUCCAAUAUGGGAGAUGCUAUAGUUACAAGUGAGUUUGUUCCUCUCAAUCUUAAGCAGUGAAAACAAGGUCUAGGGACUGUGGGAUAUUGUUUUUAUUGCUGCUGAUUAUCAUGUCUGUAAUAGACCCGUGCAUGCAGCCUUCCCUCUGCCUCCCCCUCAUCUCCUCACAGGUGGGUUAUUUACAUUACAAACUUUUAACUCAUUUUUGAUCUAGGACAUGCACUGCCGUCAGGACGGUCUUACUGAUGGAUAACUCAUUCUGUGUGGUGUUCUGUGAUGUAGGGUCUGUGUAAUGUUCAUCAUCCAGAGUUCUGCUUGUCAUCCCCUCCCCCCCCAACCUGUUGUUUUUCUUUGUUUUGGGUGUAGGGGUGGUCAGAAUUGUUUCCCAUUCCAUAAUGCCUGAUGUUAUUUUCAAGUUUUAUAUUAUCUUAAGGUGUAUAUGUUUGUUUUCGUUUUAUAUAUAUUAUAUAUAAAUAGAUCUAUUUUACAGUACUGGAAUCAAACCCAGGACCUAGCACAUACUAAGCAAGUACUCUGCCACUGUUUGCUUGCUUGCUUGUUUUUUUUAAUUCUUAAAUUCUGUCAGCAAAAAAAAAGUUUUUUUUCCAUGGGAAACAGGGAAGCUGCUCUCACAAUAGAUGUACUAUCCUUAUCAUUUUUUUUCCUUUUUUGUUUUUGUUUUUCAAGACAGGGUUUCUCUGUAUAGUCCUGACUGGCCUGAAGCUCUGUAAAUCAGGCUGGCCUUCAAUUUAGAGAUCACUUGUCUCUGCCUCCCAAGCGCUGGAAUUAAAGGCGUGCGCCACCACACCUGCUUUAGCUUUGCUAUCUUUAUUCUACCAUUUUAAUAAAGGUAAACUAAGUUCCUGUUUUGGUCUUUGAGACAGGGUCUCAUAGUGUAGCUCUGCCUAGCCUGGAAUUUACAUUGUAGGCCAGGCUAGUGUUGAACUCACAGAGAUCUGCCUGCCUCUGGACUCCUGAAGACUGACAGUAAAGGCAUGCAUGUAUUACCAUGGAGGUAGCUCAUUGAUCUUUUAAGGUUCCUCAUAUAAUUUAAUGUCUUUAUCAAGAUUUUAAGAGAGCUCUUUACAUUCCUACUGGUUUGCUUGAGCUAUACAAACUGCCACUUGAGAGAACAAUAGAUUAUUGGUCAUCCAAUAUGCCUAUGGACCCGUAUAAACUGGAUCUACAAACAUUUUAACUGGACCAGGUUGGGGAUUGAAGUAAUUCAUUAAAUGUGCUCUGCAAAGAUUUUGCUUAAUGGUUACAUUCGGUAGCUAUGAUCUAGGUUUUUAUGUUCUGCCUUCAGAGCAGCCAUCAGGGCUGGUAGAGGAGCUAUUGUUGGUUUGUGCUGAGACCUGCACCUGACUGAGAAAGAUAGAAGUUGAGGUGGUUUUUUCCUGGUGAGCAUCUGUGUAGGAAUUUAAGGCAUAGUGUUAUGAAUGUAUCAUGUCUUCAUUAGCAACAGGAAAAUAUACACGGUGUUUACUAAAAUUGUUUACUACAGUAAAAUUCCCUUUUAUUUUUUUAGUAGUCCAAGUUCUUGAGUUUUUCAAGACAGAUUGUUUUCUGAACCGAGCUAUCAUUUUAGGAAGGAGAGUUAAUUAAGCCAGAAUUUUGUGUGUAAAAAGAGCAUUUUUUACCCAGGUGUUUGUGUGUUCCUCGGAGAGUGGGAGUAUGGUCCAAGUGAAUCCAUUCGGUCACUCCCGUAGCAUGCCCUUGUAGUUUCUCUUGACCAAGGAUGAACUAGUCCUGUGAGCUGGCCGUCAGCUCCUGCAUAUGUGUAUAAACCUCAGAUGUUACUACGUUUUAUACCUACCAGAGCUCUUCAAGCAAUAGUAUUUGAACCACUAGCCUUUUAAAUAAAACUCUGUCCUAUUGCUAACAUGCAGAUAUGGAGUCCACUGUCAUUUCUUGCCAGGUUUAUUUGUGCUGGUUUAGGGGUAAAAUUGUUAAAAUUGUUGGUCAGUUUUUCUUUGGUUGACAUCCCAGAUUGCUUCAGUGACAAACUGGUUAGUCUUUGUGUGUUUUUAAAGACGUGAACAGAACUACUUUGCCAUUGGCUAAGGGCCUGGCAGCCAGCAGAGACACUGCUUUGUUUUGGUUUUUUGGUAGGUGGGGUGGUGAUGUUCUUAGGCAGAGUCUACAGUACCCUGGCUGUCCUUGAACUUUGGUGAUCCUCCUGUCUCUGUCUCUCCAGUACUGGAAUUACAGGCCUAUUUCACCAUGCUUGACUUAUUCUGUUCCUUUCCCAACAUUUUUCUUCUCUUGAGACAGGGUCUCAGUGUAGUACAGUCUGUCUUACCAUGAGCUGUGGAUGCCCUUGAACUCGGUCCUUCUGCGCCAUGUCUCUACUGUAGCAGGUUGGAGAUGCCCUGGCAUUGUAGAUUACCAUUGGCAGUGCUCUGGCCACCAUGUCAGGUCUGCUAGGAUUGUUGAGGACUUCUAUCCAAUCCUGAUACUUCUGUCAAAAACCUCACCCAGCAAAAUAAGUCUUGACUAGCUAGCUCAUGGCCAGUUCUUUAAAGAAUUAUAAUUCAUUGUUUUAAAAAGUCCCAAUUUCUGUUUGCAUUUUCAAUUUAAUCACUUAACAGUUGUAUGCUGUGUCUGAAACCUGUCUGUGCUAAGGUGUGUGAAUAUUGCCAGUUUUCUAUUUAUUACAGUGAUGAAGAAACUAGAAACUUAGGAAAGGGGAGCACAGCCAGCUCCUGACUCUGAGCAGCUUGUGUGGGAACAAUGAGUGGGGGCUUGCCAGUGAGCUUCCUCUCCGGGACCACUGCAGCAGGCUGACUGAACCUCCCCAAGGGAGCUUGUGACUAUGCUUUGGCAAAGGCUUCCUGACUAGAAUCCAUUCUGUCCAGUGCUCAUUUAAUAUAAAAGUCAACAUUUCACUGCAAA